AAAAAAGGCAAAAGUAAAGGAUGGCACCUUACAUUUCUAGAGAUAGAGCCUCUAUUUUUGUUUUACUUGCCUCACUAGUCCUUCCCUUGAUUCUCCUAGACUAUUCUUCUUCUGUGUUGUUUGCAAGUGCAAAAUUCCCAAAAUCCAAAGAUGCUGAUCUGUUAGAAUUUGCUCUCAAUUUGGAAUACUUAGAGGCUGAGUUUUUCUUGUUUGGGGCUUUGGGGCAUGGAUUAGAUGUAGCUGCUCCAAACCUAACUGGGGGAGGACCCCCUCCCAUUGGUGCCAAAAAGGUUGAACUUGACAGUCUUACCAAUGAUGUCAUCUUGCAGUUUGCUUUUCAGGAAGUUGGACACUUAAGGGCCAUAAAGAGCAAAGUGAGAGGGUUCCCUAGGCCAUUGCUGGAUCUAAGCUCAAAAUCUUUUGCCAAACUAAUGGACAAUGCAUUUGGGAAACCUUUGGUUCCUCCCUUUGAUCCCUAUGCUAAUUCACUCAACUUUAUAAUUGCAUCUUAUGUGAUUCCCUAUGUUGGCCUCACUGGUUAUGUUGGUGCCAAUCGACUGCUGCAAAGUGCUACUUCUAGGGAGCUUGUUGCGGGGCUUCUAGGAGUAGAGUCUGGACAAGAUGCAGUUUUAAGAGAAUUGUUGUAUGAACGUAAAGAACAGUUGGUGCCACCAUAUGGCGUGGCCGUGGAAGAGUUCACAAACCGCAUUUCUAUACUUAGGAGCAAGUUAGGAAAUAGAGGUUUGAAAGAUGAAGGCAUUGUUGUGCCUACAGGGCUGGGUGCCGAGGGCAAAGUUAGAGGUAACAUUCUUGCUGGUGACGUAAACUCAUUGGCAUAUUCAAGGACUCCAGAAGAAAUAUUGAGGAUAGUAUAUGGAAGUGGUGAUGAACAUGUUCGUGGUGGCUUCUAUCCUAAAGGAGCAAGUGGUCACAUAGCUCAAUCUUACUUAAAGUAAACUACAUUUAUUUUGGACUUUUAUAGAUUAUAUCACUUGUCUUUAAUCCAUUGCUAAUUUCUUUGUUGGUAAUUAAAUAUUGUUGAUGGGUGAAGACCUUGAAAAAACUUUUGAUAAUAUGCAAAUAAUAUAUAAAGUGAGAAAUUUGGGGUUUGAA